AUGUCUGUCGCCAACAAGUUCCGCAAUCCCAUUCUGCCGGGCUUCAACCCCGACCCGUCCAUCUGCCACGUCCCUGGCAAAGGCUACUUUGUGGCUACAAGCUCGUUCGAAUACUUCCCGGGCCUCCCGGUCUACCACAGCACUGAUCUAAACAGCUGGACACUCAUCGGCCAUGCCCUCAACCGCCGCAGCCAGGGCGUCGACAUGCGCACAGUCGAGACGUCGGCCGGCCUGUGGGCACCGACCUUUAGGUACCACAAGGGCCGUUGGUACAUGAUCUGCUCCUGCUUCUGGCGCCUGCGCAUCAAGCCCGGCGAAAAGCCUGACGCCAUCCCCUCUGGCUUCUACGUUUGGACUGACGACAUCUUUGACGAUUCCAAGUGGAGCGACGCCGUCUACUUUGAGGAGAUUGGCUUUGACCAAGACCUCCUCUUUGACGAUGACGGCCGCGUCUACCAGACGGUCACCCGCUUCGACUUUGACGCGCCGACGACAAACGGGCAGCCAUUGAUCCAAUCCUGGAUCAACGAGAUCGACCUCGCCACUGGCACCUCGCUCACCGAACCGGUCCUAGCCAAGGCUUCGCCGUUGGGGGUUGCCGAAGGAUGCCAUUUGCUCAAAAAGGACGGUUGGUACUACUUUUUCACGGCCGAGGGCGGGACACAGGACGGCCACCGCGAGUGCGUUUACCGAUCGAGAUCCCCGAGCGGCCCGUUCGAGGCACCUCCUGACGGGGUCAACCCCGUGGUGUACAACGCCGACCACCCCGAAAUCCAGAACACGGGCCACAUGGACCUUGUCGAGGGUCCGAACGGCCAGUGGGUUGCAGUGUUCCUCGGCGUCCGCCCCGUGUUCCCAGCCACAGUGACUGCAGAAGGCGUUAUGGGAAUGCCGUCGCACCUCGGUCGCGAGGCGUUCAUGGCACCGAUGGAGUGGGUCGAUGGGUGGCCCGUGGUGAACAGCCACAAGCCAAUCGAGCUCAUUGGCGACUUUCCCGGCUUGCAAAUGGGGCCGGCGCAAACCGGCUGGGUGGACCAGUUUGACCAAGAGAAGCUCAGCCUGGGCUGGUACACUCUCCGUGUCCCGCUCCGGCAGUUCUACUCGCUCACGGAGCGGCCCGGCUACCUGGCGCUGCGCGGUGGCCCGACGUCUCUCAAUAUCGAACACUGUCCAUCUGUCCUGCUCCAGAAGCAACCCGGCUUCAACCUCGACUGGAGCACUCAACUCGAGUUCGCCCCGACGCAGAAGGGUCAGGAGGCAGGCACGGUGGUGUGGAUGAACAAGAGUGAGCACGCAGCCCUCGGCCUGCGCGGCAAGGGGGAUGGGAAUGUAGAAGUUGUGUUCAGGCGCCCGGACAACGGCCAGAUUGUCGUUUCAAUCGUGUCCGCUAGCAUCGCGCCUGCCACACCCGUUACGUUCCAUGUCUACGCACGAAAGCAGCAGUACGAGUUUGCGUACACGAUUCCGGGCGCGGACCCCGUCGUCGUCGGGACAAUGGCCAGCUCUGAGCUCAAGCCGUUGUUCACCGGUGUACACCUCGGAUUGUAUGCCCAGGGGGUCAACGACACGCCCUGCUUGAACCGCGCCUACUUCAAGUACGCCCGGUGGGAAAACGCGACGGAUUAG